GAUGAGUGCCACAGCAAUUGGGUUUGAAACGCCGUCGCCAACAGACGCUUUAAACGGACAAGUUGAAAGUAGUAAAAAUAGUGUAAUAUCUGUGAACAGGAUUCAACAAAAUAAUUAGGAAACUGUCUCAAUAAGGAUAUUUGUUUUUUGCGGCCAAAACAUGUUUAGCUCUGCAAACUGGAAGUUUCAAUACAGCUUAUGCGCUAUCAGUUUUAUUUAUCUAUUACCAAGCACGGCGGCCUACACUCGGGAAAUUAUUAACGACAAGCCGCCACUGCAGGAGCGACCACCAUGGCUGCAAACCUGUAAGCGAUCCAAUCCCAAUGAGAAUAAAUGCUUCCGACAGUUAUUUGAGGGCUGUUUUCCCGCUCUCGCUGCUGGCAUACCAGAGAUUGGAGUGAAGAGCUUUGAACCAUUGACCAUUGAUCAAGUAUCUCUUUCAAAGGGCAGUGGAAAUUUAGUUUUAUCUGGCGGCUUUCAAAACUUAGUAAUUCGGGGUCCAUCGAAUGCAACGGUUAAGCGUGCAAACUUGGAUUUCAUACGUCGUCAGCUUAACUUUGAGCUGGAGUUGCCAAAGCUUCGCAUAAGAGCAAAGUACAAUCUAAAGGGCAACAUCUUGUUGCUGCCAUUAGCUGGAAGCGGCGAUGUUGCGAUGGCUCUGAAGAAUGUCAAUACUGCUGUGCGUACCAAGAUAUCACUGCACAAUGAGACCACAACCGGGGAUGAGAUCAUUCACAUUGAUGAGAUGAAAGUUAGCUUCCAGGUGGGCGCAAUGCGGAUUCAUCUUAAAAAUUUGUUCAACGGCAACGAAAUUUUGGCUGCAUCGAUAAAUUCAUUUUUAAAUCAGAACGGUAAUGAGGUCAUACAAGAGCUGCGGCCAGAUCUGGGAUUGGGAUUGGCUGACAUAUUCCAUGGUCUCUGGAAUAAUGUUUUCUCAAAAAUGCCGACAAAACUCUGGCUAAUUUAAUAGAAUGAUUGUAUUAUAUACAUAAAUACUAAUUUAUUUUGCAUUAAUUUCUAAUAUCUUUAUUUUUCUAUUUGGGUAAUAAUUCUUUUUUUCUUUUUUUUUUUUACUAUGAUUAAAUAUUUAGUUUUAAACAAAUUGCUUACAACUUCAUUCGGGGCAACAGCUGUUCGUAGGUGAAUUCAUUAAACAAUUUAUCAAUUGAGGCACGCAGUAUAUCCACGAGCACCUUAGUCAUGAGAGGACGCACUUCUUCGGCCAAAGACUUCCAGUUCUCAUUGAGGAAAUCGUUCAUACGCUGACCCAGAGCCUUGUCGCCAUUGAAGAGAUUAUCCAACUGCAUGUGCACAUUCUGCAGAUCGUAUUUGACCUUUAUGUCUUUGAUCCUCAAAUAGGUCGCACCGUUCUUAGUAUAUUCCUCUCCAAACAUUUCCGUGUGCAUUGCGAUAUUGGCUAGUUAAAGAAAUCACUUGAGUAAACGAUGAAGAAAUCAACAGUGCAGUCACUUACUUAGAUCCACAAAACAAUGACCAUCACCCAACAUCGGCAUCAUCAUGAUUUUUCCUUUAAUGUUAUAUUCGGAUUCCAAGUGCAAUUUGGGGAAAGUCAUCGCUACAACGAACUUCAUUUGACUAGGAUCGAUCGUCAAUUCGUUCAAUUUAUGUGUGGACAUGCCAGUUAUCUUCACAUUUUUGUAAGUGGAGUGCAGAUAGAUGGCACCAGAAUCCUGAUCCAUUUUGAUUUCUGGCACCGUCAACGGUUCCAUU